UAGGUCCUAGAACCACGACGACACAACCCAUCUCAAUUCUCUCUUCCUCUUCAGCACCACCCAUUUCGGUUCCUAGACGACAGCACCGCCGUCGUGAUCAUCAUCACCCUUUCACCACCGUCGCCUGCCAUAAUUUUGGAAGCAAUAUUACAAGUGAAAACCAUUUUCUGGUUUUUCUUGCAGCUCUUUCACCUUCUUCCUUAGCAAUGUCUUGCUUUUCACUAUCCCGUUUUCGCCUUGACUUUCCGUGCAAUAUUUAUAUCGUCAGUUAGCAAUACUACCUUCUUAGUUAUGCUGACCCAGUGUUCCUUAUCAAACUCUUACAAGACACAUUUUUUAAGGACAAAGGUUAUAUCUUUACUGUUGGAAAUACCACAAAUCUUAGAAGUCCACACAAUAAACCUUAUUUACAAUGUCUUCGAAUCAUGCUAAGCUCACCAUACCUUACUACUUCACACCUAAGUAGACACAGUUGAGAGCUCUUGUUGAGCAUAUUCGAAACACUUGUAGACUGUCGAACAACUAUUCAUGAAGACAAUGUCGACCAAAUGAUCCAAGUGGCUAUGCCAAACUUCUUGUUGCUAUCUACAUUAGCAAAGCAUCAGAAGAUUAAAGUCAAGCAGAUCAGAUCCCAAGAUAGCCUUGGCAAUCUCUUCACAAAGUUAGUGUCAAAGUCUACCAUCACGAAGCUUGUCCGAGGAGUUGGAUUGCCUACACUAUCUCAUUUGCAAUAUUGGUAGUUCUUAGGGGGAGUUUUGUCAUCUCAAUACUAAGCUUCCCAGUGAGCAAGGUUUUGGUGAGACUGUACUUUUUAUGGACCCUACUUGUGAGACUUGUGUAUGCAUUGCCUAUGCCUGACGAGAAGACUUCAUCAACUGCUUUCACAUUUGCCUGAUAACACAAUACGACUGCUUUUUUAGUUCUACACAUUCCAAGGGGAGUGUUGCAGUUAGUAUUAUUAUAGGAAUGUGAUUUUAGUGAACUAGAAAUAAAAAUCCUAUAAGAUCUAGAAAAUCCUUUCCUUAUGUGACUUAUAUUAUUUGUAGGACAAGUAAAACCCUAUGAUUAGUAUAAAUAAAAGUAUAAGGCCAAGAAAAAAAAAAAUCAUGCUAAGACAGUUAGCCCAUUUCUCCAUCUAUCCCCAUCCCCCUCUAUCACAUCUUUCAAAUAUGAGAAAUAUUCUCAAAAGUGAGACUUUCCGUGGAUUAUCUGUCACCUAAUAUUUUGGCACAAUGUUUUCAAAUGUUGUAUGAUAAUUGACGUUAAAUUGUAAGGUGACAGAAAGUAUAUGAAGAGUCACUUUUUAAAAAGAAUUAUCUCAGAAUUUCUCCAUGUUAUUUCCUACAACAAUUUCAUAUUUUUUUUUUUAAUUAUUUAUGAAAUUUUUAAUUUUUGAGUUAAAUAAAAAUGUAAUCUUUUUUAUUGAAGAAGAAACGAUAUUAUUUUUGUCUUACAACAAUUUUAUAGAUUUUAUCAAAUUAUUAAAUCAUACCAUAUACGGGUGGACUCGUUUCGAGUCCAAAUCCAUUAAACCCUUUUUUAUUUUAUUUUUUUUGAAUAAACGGGGUUAAAAUCGAACAUAAAACUGAAAUCAGUUAUAAGUAAAAGAGGAAUACUGUAAUAUUGAGCGGCUGAUUGGCCCCUUUUUAAACCUUAAACAUAAUCGACCCAGAAACCGUCCCAACGUUCUGCCAAACCAAAACCCUAUAAACUAAUCGUCCCGUUUUUAGCUCUUCCUCCUCUGACCGUCGUGGGCACAGAUCGGAGCUCCAGUGACUGUGCGGAUAUGGAGAAACCUCUGGUGGCGCUCGAUAAAGGCACCACUUGCUCUUCUUGGAACUACUCCGGCCAGAGAUUAGCCACUGGCUCCGUCGACGGAACUCUCACCGUCUUCGACUCGCGCGACCCUUGCUCUUCCUCCUUGUCCUGCACCUCAAAAUCCAAGGUACACGAGGCUGCUGGCAUUGUGAAAAUUGGUUGGGUUCCGCCGGAAUACGGUGACGCAGUGGCGUGUGUUUGCACAGAUGGGACUUUGUUAUUGUGGGAGGAAGUAGCUGAAGAUGCACAACCUCUUCAAUGGAAGCUGUGCAUAAGCUUUAACGGCGGUUCGGCUCAACUGCUAGAUACCCAGUUUGGAGUCUCAGCGGCAGGUUUAAAAAUGGUCACUGCAUAUUCAGAUGGCCGUGUCAAGGUUUAUGAGCUACUGGAUCCCUUGGAACUGAAGAAUUGGCAACUUCAGGCGGAAUUUCAGAAUGUUAUUGAUUCGGUGUCUACAGUUGGCCCUGCCAUGUGCUUAUCUGCAUCUAUAUCUUGGAAUCCACGAAGAGGAGAAAGCCAGGAAUCAAGUUUUGUUUUGGGUUUCAGUUCAAACACACCACAACUUAAUUCCGCCAAGGUAUGGGAAUUUGAUCAGGCUCAUCAAAGAUGGCUCCCGGUUGCAGAGUUGGCCUCGCCUGGUGACAACGAUAAUCAGGUUUAUGCAGUUGUGUGGGCACCGAACAUUGGAAGGCCGUAUGAGGUAAUUGCUAUUGCCACUCACAAGGGAAUAUCAAUAUGGCAUCUUGGUCUAAACCCUGACUCAAAUGGAAGACUCUCAUUGAAGAAGAUUGCAGUACUUUCGGGUCACAAAGGCGAGGUCUGGCAGAUGGAAUGGGAUAUGAGUGGAAUGACUUUGGCGACCACCGGGAAUGAUGGGUCAGUAAGGUUAUGGCAGUCUAGUUUGAACGGAGUUUGGCAUGAAGAGGCUACUUUUGAACCCACGUCGUAGUCCCUCGGUUUUUACAUGUUAGUGAAUUCACUGUUUGAACGUUAUUGAUUGUAACUUUACAUAUUGGUUCAAAUGAUUCACAAUUGAAAUUUGAUGUGGGAAAUUGGGAAUCAUUUUCGCUUUCGGCUGUCUCUUUUGUACGGCUUGUUUCUUUAGAAACGUAAAAGAGGGAAACAAAUGAAUGGGGAAUUCCAAACAUCAUUGAAUUGAAAUAGUAAUUUAGUUUUCA